UCUACUAGAAUCAUACUUUGUAAAUGAUAGAAUUAAAACCUGAUAAAUAAUGGAAAAUAAAGAAGAUAAAAAAAUACAAGAAAAGUACCUUCAGCAAGCAAUCAACGAAUUAGGAAAAGGUUCAAAAUUACUUUGGAUUGUGUUUUCUCUCAGUGUUAUGAGCUCUAUAUUAAAAUCAAUGCAUACGAUGUCCUAUAUUUUCAUAGCUGAGAUACCUGAAUAUUGGUGCCAUAUUCCAGAACUAUUAGAUGCUAACUGGACAGCCGAGCAAGUACAAAGUAUUUCAGCAGUGGAUAGAUGCCUGAAGUAUGAUUACAAUUAUACACAUCUUGCGUUAGUAAGUUACGAAAGCGCUGGAAAACAUAUUGAAGGCUCGAAAUUUAAUACUAGUCUUGUUUCUUGUUCUUCUUUCGUUUUUGACAAAAGUGGAAAAUCAACAAUCGUAAAUGAAUGGAGCUUGAUUUGUGAUCGACAAUUAUAUCGUGCAAAUACCUAUUUUGUAUAUUCAUUUGGAAAACUCUUGGGUCUUGGAGGAUUGGGAGUGUUCGCUGACAAGUAUGGAAGAAAGAAAACAUUAAUAAUUGCUUUAAUCCUGCAAACUAUUGCUGUACCUUUAAGUUCAAUUGUUCCCUGGUUUUGGGCUUACCUUGUUUGUGAACUAUUGAUUGGACUCAGUAUUGCUGCAAUGUAUUCAUCGGGGUACACAAUCGUAUCAGAGAUUGCUAAUGAAAAAAAAAUGAAGAUAUUGGGAACUGUAGUAGAUGCAUUUUAUUGUAUGGGAACUUGUUUGCUCAUAACUCUCUCUUACUUUAUAACGAAUUGGCGGAAUUUACAAAUUGCGAUGUCAUUGUUUACUAUUCCAGCAAUUAUUCUUGUGUGGUUUGUAGACGAGUCACCCCGUUGGUUAAUAUCCCAAAAUCGUCUUGACGAGGCGCAAAAAAUAAUAGAAAAAUAUCGAAAAGUAACUAUUUCACCAAGUCUUCUUACUGAAAGUUUACCGCUCACAUCGUUACCGAUGGAACAUUCUUUAGUUACUGAAGAAAAGCAUCGAAAAAAUUGUAUGGAACGUUACUUGGGGAAUAUAGGAAUUCUUUUCACAGAUCCAAUAUACAGAAAAAAGAUACUCAUUAUGUACUAUUCAUUCUUCAUUUGUCUUAUGACAUGUUUUUAUCUGGUUUUUAAUGUCGACAAUUUUAAAGUAAAUCGUUACGUAUUUAUGAUAACAAUGGUGAUUAUUGAGCUUAUAUCUCUCUUUUCAGUUUCAAUAAUUCUUAAAUUUCUGAGUAGUAAGAAAACAACUAUUAUUCUUUACUGGAUUGCAUCAAUUUGUUUGCUAUCAAUGAUUGCUAUUCCUAAGGAAAAUGUAUAUAUGACUGUAGGAUUGACAGUGAUAUCUAAAUUAACUUUGAGUCCUACUUUUACAACAAAUAUGUUAUUUUCUUUAAAAUUGUUCCCAUCGAGUGUAAGAAACUCAGCUUUGGGAACUUGUUUGUUAAUGUCCCAAGCUGGAUCAAUGUCAGCGCCAUACUUGGUUGAUUUUUUGGGCAAAGUUGCUCCGUGGUCUCCAUCUGUGCUUUGUGGUGUUACACUUUUAAUUGCCGGGCUUCUGUGUUGCAUCGUUCCUGUCUAAUAUUAAUAUAAUUAAUAUUAACAAUUUUCAAUAUACUCAAAUUAUCAGGUUAA